AUGGUAUCUUACGGAAAUUCUAGGAGGUCCCCUACUUAAGACGGUCAGAAUCUCUUUUAACGAACUCGGAGAAAACAAAUACUUUUCAGUUAGCAAUACCUCCAUAUCCACAACCUCACAACUUGGCCACUAAAUCCACCAUCAAACAUGAAGGCCACCACUAUCUUCACCGCCACUCUGGCAUCUCUCUCAUGGACCGUACAAGGAUGCGCCAACUACAAGUUCUGCCAUUGCUACGAUGACAACGGCAUGCCUAAUGACUUGGCAACCAACAUCAUAUGCCCCGGCAAUCUGGAGUCAAGGACGGAAUUUGGCGUCACCUUCAAGGAGUGCCACUACUACAAGAACUAUUUCUUCCUCUACAGUGCUUUGGACAAUUGCGACAUCAGGCGUCGGUGCAAAGCCGCCGGCGCGACUGGGGCAGACUCGAGCUGCAGAAGCAAGGUCGAAUAGGAGCAGGUGUCGGAAUAAUCAUGGCAUUACUGAAAGU